CGAACGUUUGAGUACACGGCCCUAGAAACCGCUCCAUGGACAGCAAUGGCUUCCACAAGUCAGGUUUAAAUAUCAGUAUGUAUAUCUACAAAAAAGGUAAAAUGAGUAAAACGUGAAAACCCCUAGGUAUUUUUUGCGGAAUUUGAAUAUGAUUAGAGAAAGUCGGUUCCUUGACCAUGACCUUGUAUCGCACGUCAUGUCCACAAUGGUUAUCUUUGACUUUCUAUAAAGAUGGGAAGGGACGGAUAUUGAUUGAUUUUAAAUUUGCGGUGUGUCGGUGACUAAAUAAGUCAUAACAUUGCUUUUAAAAAUGUAAGACAGCGAUAUUCCAUUAAGCGACAAAUAAUGCAGGACCAGUAUCUAGACAUGUUCGAGGGUCGAUUAUGUAUUUUAUUAAAACAACUGUUGGUGUAUAUACAUAUUCAUUUCCUCUUUAAUUGCUUUCAGACACAACAAAGAAAGGUUUCAGACAAGAAAGAUGAAGUUCGGAAAAGAAUUGUCGUCACAAAUGGUACCGGAGUGGCAACAAGCUUACAUGAGCUACGAUUAUCUCAAAAAACUUCUCAAAGAAAUCAUCAAACUGAAACUCAGAACCAACCCUCCUCCCCAUCCUCCUCCACAUCAAGCCGUAUCCGGUAAAAGACUUAGCCGCAAGAUGACUCUAUACCGAGCUUUUAGCGGCCUUGUCCAAACGCAAGGAAGGAAAAGACAAAGUUCCGGGCAAAUCAACCCUUCUCUAGAAACUGACAUUGAAGAAGGUAAUGCACCGAUACUCGUCAACAAAACGAGUAAUGGAUUAGAAACUAUGUUCUUGAUGACGGCAGAGGAAGGAGGAGAAUAUGAAUUGAUCUUUUUCAGGCGACUCGAUGAUGAGUUUAAUAGGGUUGAGAAGUUCUAUAAAGAGAAAGUAGAAGAAGUAAUGAAUGAUGCGAUUAUGCUUGAUAAGCAAAUGGAUGCUCUAAUUGCAUUCCGAAUUAAGGUUGAGAAUCCUGUUGGGUGGGGAUGGGAGGAGCGGACGGUGGAGAUGACUCGCUUGGCCUCCGAUGUUGCUACUUCCACGGCCGCGAUUGCUGCUUCUACACCCUCUAAAACUCGAACCGCUCGCAUGGAGCCGAUACAUGAAGGAGGCUCCAGCAGAGCUGAUCAAUCCGAAGAUCACGGUGACGAGAGAAGGAGCAGCUUGAGCAAAGUGGCAGCUGGGAGGCCAGCCCCUAUCGAGGUUCUAGACCACAUAAAGAUCAACAACACUAAGGAAACGCCUAGGUCCACCAUUAAAAGCGUUAUCCAUUCCUCGAACCAUGAGGAGAUCAAAUUCACUAGGCGUAAUCUGAAGGAAGUGGAAGAGAAGCUCAAAGUCGCUUUCGUCCAGUUUUACCAAAAGCUUCGUCUCCUCAAGAGCUACAGCUUUCUGAAUGUGUUGGCGUUCUCCAAGAUUUUGAAGAAGUAUGAUAAGAUAACUUCGAGAAACGCUUCGAAGCCUUACAUGAAAAUGGUUGACAAUUCGUAUCUCGGAAGCUCAGAUGAGCUAAUGAAACUGAUACAGCGUGUUGAAGCUACAUUCAUAAAGCAUUUCGCAAAUGGUAACAGACGAAAAGGAAUGAAAAUUUUGAGACCUCUAAUGAAAAGAGAGAGACAUCGACUCACAUUCUUCACUGGUUUCUCUGCUGGAUGCAUGUUUUCUCUUAUAGUGGCUCUUGUAGCUAUCAUACGCGCCCGGAAUAUUUUUCAAGAGGAAGGUUACAAAGAUUACAUGAAUAGUGUGUUCCCUCUUUAUAGCUUGUUUGGGUUCAUUGUGCUUCACAUGACUAUGUAUGCUAUUGAUAUAUACUAUUGGAAGCGUUAUCGAGUAAAUUAUGCAUUCAUAUUUGGGUUCAAGCAAGGAACUGAACUUGAUUACAGACAAGUUCUGUUUGUGGGGUUUAGCAUUGGAGCUUUUGCGUUGCUUUGUGUUCUUGGUAAUCUUGACAUGCAAGCAGACCCUAGAACCAAAAGUUACCAAGCACUAACCGAACUUCUUCCUCUUUUCCUUCUUGGUGCUUUGCUUUUAGUUUUAGUCUUGCCGUUCAACAUUCUCUACCGUUCAAGUCGCUUCUUCUUCCUCACGUGUUUGUUUCACUUCCUUGCUGCUCCUCUUUACAAGGUAACGUUGCCUGAUUUCUUCUUAGGAGAUCAAUUAACUAGCCAAGUACAAGCUCUUCGAAGCAUCCAGUUCUACAUAUGCCACUAUGUAUGGGGAGACUUCAAACAAAGACAAAACACUUGUGGACGCUCAGAAGUCUACAACAUUUUCAUAUACGUUGUUGCUGUAAUACCGUAUCUAUCGCGCCUCCUUCAGUGUAUGCGCCGAAUGUUUGAGGAAAGAAGUCUAGAGCAAGGAUACAACGGAGUCAAAUACUUUUUAACAAUAUUAGCGGUUUGUUUAAGAACAGCUUAUGGUUUUGACAAGAACAAGAAUCAUAAGUUUAUUCUCAAAGUAUUAGCUGGUUCUGCCUCAGUCCUUGCUGCUGUUUUCUGUACAUACUGGGACUUUGUCUAUGACUGGGGACUUCUGAAUAGAACAUCCAAAAACAGAUGGCUUAGAGAUAAACUUCUCGUUUCACACAAGAGAGUAUAUUUCAUUGCAAUGAUCUUGAACGUUGUGUUGAGAUUUGCAUGGUUGCAAACGGUAUUGGAUUUUGAAAUUAAGUUUCUUCACACUCAAACGGUGCUUGUGGUUGUGGCCUGUCUUGAGAUUAUUCGCCGUGGGAUAUGGAAUUUCUUCAGGUUACUACUUCACACUUACUUCUUCUUUUAUCAAUUUUUUACCUUGGUUUUUCGAAAAGUUAAUUUGUUUUUUUUUUUUUGGUUCGUUUUAAACAGGCUAGAGAAUGAGCAUUUGAAUAAUGUGGGGAAGUACCGAGCUUUCAAGUCAGUUCCAUUACCGUUCAGCUACGAUGAAGAUGAUGACAAGGACGACUAACCUGUUUGCAGAAAAACGUCAACUGACAUUUACUUUAUACAUGUUGACCAUACAAAAUUAAGUUUUUCUAACAAAAAUUAUUAAUGUUUAUACAAAUCUGAAAGAGGUGUCGAAACACUUGUAAUAGCAAUGCAGUGCUAUGGUUAGAGCAUGAUUAUCGUAAAGACCCAUUUAAGAUCU